ACGUGUCAGUCUCCACUAAUAAUAAAAUAAAAGGUAGUAAAGAAAGUUAAUAAAAAGAGAAAUGAGAAAUUGUGGUGGUGGGGUUAAGGGAGUUCUUAGUUAAGAGGGCGUUGAAUUUUAUAUAUAAAUAAGUAGGUGGUGCUGCUCUAUCUCACCUUGUUAUGUGCAUAUUCUGAGGAACUCUAAGUCUUCCUUGCUCUCUCUCUCUCUCUCUCUCUCUCACACACACCUGAAACCUCUGGUUUGAAGGAUCGAUUGCAGAUUCCAGGUAGACUUUGUUGGCAUUUGAGUUGUGGGGAACACAAAAUGGGAAGACAACCUUGCUGUGACAAAGUGGGGUUGAAGAAGGGGCCAUGGACUGCAGAGGAGGAUAAGAAACUCAUCAACUUCAUCCUUACCAAUGGCCAAUGUUGCUGGAGAGCUGUCCCUAAACUAGCAGGGCUCUUAAGGUGUGGCAAAAGUUGCAGGCUCAGAUGGACAAAUUACCUCAGGCCAGACCUCAAGAGAGGCCUUUUAUCAGAAUAUGAAGAGAAAAUGGUCAUUGAUCUCCAUGCUCAACUUGGCAAUAGGUGGUCUAAGAUUGCUUCUCAUCUUCCAGGAAGAACUGAUAAUGAGAUCAAGAAUCACUGGAACACUCACAUAAAGAAAAAGCUCAAGAAAAUGGGAAUCGAUCCUGUUACCCACAAGUCACUUUCCAUUACAACUGAGCAAAGCCAACCCAAUCCGCCAUUGCAAGAACCACAAGAUCAGCAACAAGCUAUCCAAGUUGAGGAAGACCCAAAAUUUGAGCCUGAAAAUGGGCAAAACAAGGAGCCAGAGAAGGCAGAGACUUCAUUUGAUCUAUCAACCAUCACCGAAGAAGCUAAGGAGGAAGACCAAAUCAUGAUACCCCUUUUUGAAUCGAUAAUGAAUGAGUUGUUCACUGAUGAAGUUCCCAUCAUAGAGCCCAGUGAGAUAUUAGUUCCGUCUGCUACUUCCGCUUCACCAACCACUACAUCAUCUUCAACGUCAUCGUCUUCUUAUUCAAAUUCCCCCAACUUCUUUGAAGACCUGCUGCUCCCAGAUUUUGACUGGUCCGAUGAUUACAAUGAUACUAAGAUUGACAACAACAAUAGCAGUGUGGCCUUGUGGGAUGAUGACUUGAUUAGAAGUUGGAAUAUGCUUAUUAAUGAUGAUAGCGAUGCUGACAGAAAGCAAGUGUUUGACACUUCUGCUAAUCAGUACCCAAGACUCAUCAUGGAUUCAGAAUCUUGGGCAUACGGGUUGCUUUGAGUUGAAUUUUUUUUUUUUUCUCUCCACUUCUUACUUGUAAUGUGCUUGUAAGUUGUUGCAAAGAAUAAAAAGUUAAUCACAAUUCAAACAGAACCGUAACUCUUGUUUAGUAUGUUAUCCACUUUUAUAUGCCCCAACUUUUCACUCUAUAAUCAAGGGAAAAAGAUAUCUGUAUAAGGUUGUCCAAAAUGUCCACUUGAAGCCCUUGUUAUCAAUUAAAUGAAACUUGUUUCUUACUAUAUGUAAACAGUAGGAAAAGGGAAUUCAAAUAAAGAAAAAAAAAAUUGUAUUCUUGAAUUUGUGGUAAUCCUAACUUGAAAUAU